AUGAAAUUUCUUCUGUUUGUGCUUCCAUUGACCAACGCCCAAUAUGGCUCAAACGAUACUAGCAUGACAACUACUGCAUCGACAACCACAACAGGCUCGGCAUCGAGCAGUACCCAUAAAGUCGAUGUCGGCAAAAACGGCUUCACGUUCGACCCAGAGACUCUUACUGUGGCUGCAGGAGAAAAGGUCGAAUUUCAUUUCUACCCACAGAACCAUUCGAUGACUCAAGCUUCCUUCGAUAAUCCUUGUCAUCCCAUAAGCGCGUCGAGCUUUUCUAGUGGAUUCAUGCCAACUACAAAGGCAUCAGAAACCGUUUUCACUCUGACAAUCAACGAUACGACCCCACUCUGGUUUUAUUGCGGUCAGAUUGGGCACUGUCAGGCCGGCAUGGUUGGAGUUAUCAAUCCACCAUCGAAUGGCCAGGACACCCUUGACUCUUUUAAAAAGGCUGCCAACACUGCCGUAGGCAGCACUAUACCUGCAUCCGUUCAAGGUGGUAUCCUGGAGAAGUCUGGAGCUGAGACUUUGAGCAGCAAUAGCAGCAGCGCCACUGUAUCUGCCAGUGCCACUACUAGCGAGCCGGCGAGCGGCACAACUAGCUCUACUGUUAGCCCGACUAGUGCGGCUAAUAGUGUUGGUAUUGCCUUCGACAUGUGCAUCCUUGUUAUUUUGGCUUCUUUCGCUGCACUUUGUAUGAUGUAG